AUGGAGCUGGAAGAGUCUGCGGAAGCCGACUAUAUGAAAGGAGUGAAACAUCUCUGCGAGUGUGAAGUCAAGAGGGUCCCCACCAAGUACAUACUACCCGUCCCUGAUCGCACGCAGGCCGAGCCCGACCUUCUCGAGCUCCCCAUCGUCGACAUCUCCGACCUCCACCCCGGCUCCGCCGGCCGAGAACGAGCUCUCUCUUCCCUCGCCGACGCCUGCCGGAAAUACGGCCUCUUUCAGGUUCCUGACCAUCUCCUCUCUCUGUCUCUCUCUUUCUCACUCUAUCUUUCUCCCUCUAAAGUGGAGGAGGGUAACGCUGGGUUUUAGGUGGUGAACCAUGGGCUGCCGGGGGAGGUGCUCCGGAGCAUGAUCGAGGUGAGCAGGAGUUUCUUCAAGCUGCCGUUGAAGGAGAGAGAGAGGUUCAUGUCGUCGGAGGUACUCUCUCCGGUGAGAUACGGCACCAGCUUCAACCAGACCAUGGACGGCGUCUUCUGCUGGAGGGACUUCCUCAAGCUCACCUCCCAUCCCCUCCCCGAGGUUCUCUCCCUUUGGCCCGCCUCUCCCCCAGACCUCAGGUAAGCCCCCCUUCCCUUCCACCUCUGGUUCGGAGAACUGAAGAAGAAGAAGAAGAAGAAGCAACUAACCAACCGUUCGAGAGGUGGCCUGUCUCAGGGAGGUGGCGGUCUCCUACGCUCGGGAGACGAGGAACCUCUUCCUGGACCUCAUGGCAGCGAUCAUGGAGACGCUCGGCGUGGAGGACGCGAAGAUGAUGGAGAAGUUCAGGGAGGGGAGCCAGCUGAUGGUGCUCAACUUCUUCCCGCCAUGCCCGCAGCCGGAGCUGACUCUGGGAAUGCCCCCUCACUCCGACUACGGCUUCCUCACCGUCCUCCUCCAGGAUGGAGUCAACGGGCUCCAAAUGCAGCACCAGGGCCGCUGGGCCACCGUCAACGCCGCCGCUGGCUCCCUCCUCGUCAACGUCGGCGACCACCUCGAGGCACCGCCCUCUUAAACCCUAAACCCUUAUUAUCUCUCAUCUCCUCCCUCCCUCCCUCAGUCCUCCUCAAGCGGGUGAAUACCAUUUGACUUUCUCCUUCUCUCUCAGAUAUUCAGCAACGGCAAGUACAAGAGCGUGCUGCACCGGGUCUUCGUCAACGCCACCUCCCCGCGGGUUUCGGUAGCGUCGCUCCACAGCCUCUCCCCCGCCGCCGUGGUCAGCCCUUCGCCGCAGCUCGUCACCGCCAGCGAGCCACGGCGGUAUAUGGACACCGGCUUCGCCGCCUUCCUCCACCACCUCUCCUCGCGGGGCACCACAGCCAAGAGCUUCCUCGAGUCGCGGAAGCUCGCCCACUAG